AUGGCGCACCGAAGUUUCGACACGACCUUUCGUGGCAUGACCAAGCGGCAGCUUGAGGAGGCGGCGGGCGCAGACCUGCGCCACCACCUGGGCCGCAAAGUCUUCGCGUCAAGAGAUCCUCGCUUCGCGUCGGCCCCGUCAUUCUCUUUCGGAUCCCGCUUACACAAUGAGCUCAACACACUUGCGAGCAACAGGACCUUCUUCUGCAAAACUGGGACUCACCGCUGCCAAGAUGGCGAGACUUUGUUGGAUGACUUGCGGAGGCGUGAUGACAAGAGCCAGAAAGAACUGCGAGAUCGCGGCAGACAGUGGAAGGCAGUGCCAGGGCCCGGCUCGUAUCGCGUUCCGAGGUUCUUGGGUGACAUCGACCGUGCCUUCGAGGUGUCUGUCAACAAGAACUCGGCUCCGUGGCGGCCUGCCAGCUGGGGCUUGGACAGUACGUCGCUGAGGCCCGUCUUCUACAGCACCCUUGGAGGUGUGGGCCAUGCCCGGCAAGAGCACGAGGGCAAGCUCCGGGUACCGACUCCGCGGAAUCUGACCCCGGGCCCGGGUCACUAUUUCAAGGUGCAGCUGCACGUUGGCGUCUUUGACCUGUAA